AUGGCACAGAGCGAUAGAAAACCUUGGAGCCCGGAGGUAUGAGCCAUAUAGGAAGAUGAAGCUAUAAGAAACCUUGUUGAAGAAUUUGGAACUAAAAAAUGGACAUUUCUAGCCCAGUUGCUCUCUGAAAGAUAUGGAAUUAGCGAUAGGUAACAAUUAUUUAGGACUGGGAAACAAUGUAGGGAAAGAUGGCAUAAUCACUUAGAGUCUGGAAUCGUUAAAAAAGCUUGAACCAAAAAUGAAGAGAAAAAGCUGUUUGAAUGUCAUCAAAUUUAUGGAAAUAAAUGAUCAGAAAUCGCAAAAUACCUCCCUGGAAGAACUGAUAACUCUAUCAAAAAUCAAUUCUAUAGCACAAUUAGAAGAAAUCUCAGAAAACUCAACAGGCAAAGGCCACAAGGGGAAAAGCUAACUGGAUCAGUUCAAAUGCUAUUAAAAAAUGAAGAGAUUGCAAAAUUGCUUGUAGUUCAUCCAUCGCUAAAUAAAGAAAAUGCGAAGUCUCCUUCCCAAAAAAAUAUUUCCCAAAAACCUCAGAAAAGCCCGAAAAGAGCAACUAAAGGGAAAAAAUCAAAAAAAUCUCCAAAAGCGGCUGCAAAUAGCCAAAAAUCCCAUCCAAUCCCUCAGCUUACAGUUUCGCCUGCUGAAGAAGGGCAAAAAUUAACAGAAAAAGAUCGCCCAGCACCAAUUGUAUGCCCUUCUCCAACUAAAACUCCAGAAAUUGUACCUAAUAACCCUUGUACCUUUGAAAGCACAAGCCCAUCAAAAUUAAUAGCCGCAAUAACUCCUACUCCUACUGGAUUUUUGAGAAAAUCCCCUAUCAAUAGUAGAUUUUUUAGAUUUCCAGAAGACGCUACUACAGCUUCUAACUGAGAUACAUAUAUGAGCUCAAGUUUAGGAGACCAUGGGCUUCCAUCUCUUGGCUACCAGUUCUCUGACUCUUUACUAAGCUGUAAAAGUACAGACUCAUUAAGAAGCAGCAUUAAAUAUGAUAGAUUUAAAAUUCCUGACCCAUCCCCACAAGCCAGGGACUAUCUUUUGCCUCCCUAUUCACCUGCAGAUUCAUUUCAACACUAUUUCAGUCCGAGAAAUAUAUAG